AACCCUAGAUCGCUAUUGUAUCCGCUCAGAUCUACCUCCACACCCAUUUCUACACAUUUUCAUGUUAGAUCUCGGAAAAACUAGGGUUUUGGGGGAUUUCUUUUCAUGUAAACAUCUGGAAGAUGUGAGAAGCGCUCCUGUUUCAAUAUCCCUAUAAGAAUCCGUUUUUCUCCAUUUCUCUCUCCAGAAGAUCGACGGAACCGAUUUCUUGAGCAAACAGAAGCAAAAUCAUUCGCGUUUUUGGGAAUUGCGGAAAAGUCAAACCGAGAACUGAGUCUUUUGGAUGGAGGAAUCGUUUGGAAGGAUUCAAGAGAAGAAAACGGUAACCAAAAAAUUCUCCUGUCGAAGCAUUCUCGGAGUAGAUAUUGAUGCUGUUUAGAUUUUGAUUCUCAAAUUGUGGCUUCUGUCUUCUGCAGUUACGCUCAGGCAAUCAAGGUAAACUGGGCAUAUGCCAGUGGCCAGAGGGAGGUUACUUCAGGCCACUUCAACAUCUUUGUUGGCAACCAAAGUCCUGAAGUCACUGAUGGGACUCUGUUUGCAUGCUUUUCAGUGUAUUCCAGCUGUUUGUGAGUUCCCUACUGCUUUUCAGAAGAUGCACGGGUUAUGUGGGAUCAUAAAACUGGGUGCUCAAGAGGAUUUGGCUUUGUUUCUUUCUGUAAGCAGCAGAUGGAGGAGGUCAAGAGAAUGUAAGUGCCGAGGCCCCUGAAAACAACCCUGCAUUUUCAACCGUCUAUGUUGGUAAUCUUGCACACGAGGUAAAAUAGAAGAACUGAGACAUUGUGUUGGCUGCAUGGUUUGUAUAAUUGAGAGAAAAAAAAAUGCCCCUUAAAUUGAUGCCCAUGCUUUGCAGCAUGUUUAUUUUUAUCAUCUGUGCUGGCAUUUCCUGUUUUUCCUGUUUCAAUGGCCAAUUCGUCAGGCGACUCAAACUGAACUCCAUCGCCAGUUUCAUUCUCUUGGGGCUGGUGUCAUUGAAGAAGUGCAUGUACAGAGAGAUAAAGGUUUUGGAUUUGUAAGGUACCAGUACCACACACAUGAUCAAGCAGCCCUGGCCAUGGAAUCUAUGUUGGCACCUGGCAACUUAAUCGGGUGCCCAUGGAUAGCUGCAGCGUUACUCAAUUAGCAACUGCUUCCCAGAAUCUGUCACAAGUUGGACAUAUAACUGUUUCCCAUGAAUGGAUUAUAAAUUAAUUAAA